GAUUCCAUUUCCCCUUCCACCAGGGCUGCCUAUAAAGAGCAGGGGAGGUCUGCUCACCCUCCAGAAGGACGCAGGCAGCCUCGAGCGCCCAGGCCCACCUCUGCGGACAAACGAGCCCAAUCGCCGCGCACUGCUCAGCAUCAUGAAGGUCCCCGGGGCUGGGCUCGCCGUCCUCCUCUGCACCAUGGCCCUCUGCAGCCAGGUCUUCUCUGCACCAUUUGGUGCUGACACCCCAACUGCCUGCUGCUUCUCCUAUGUCUCCAAGCCGAUUCCACGCAAGUUCAUAGUCGACUAUUUUGACACCAGCAGCCAAUGCUCCAAGCCUGGUGUUAUCUUCCAGACCAGAAAAGGCCGCCAGGCCUGUGCCGACCCCAGUGACGCCUGGGUCCAGGAGUACGUGACCGACCUGGAGCUGAAUGCCUGAGUGGCCUGGAAGCUUUGAGAACCCAGUGACCUCAGUGGGCUGCCUGGGGAGCAGAGGUCCGAGCCUUGGAAACACCCCUGGGACCACCACAGCUACCUCUCCUGCGGGCUGGCUGUCGCCAAACAGCCACACUCUGGGACUCUUUCUAACUUAAGUUUCAACUUAUUUAUACUAUUUAAUUUUUGUUAUUUAUUUUCAAUGUCAUAUUCUGGGACCGUUCGCUCCGAGAGACCCCAAGAUACCUUCCUCACCACCCUCCCCUGCUCCCUUCACUUGCGCUGUGAUUGGUGACGACUGUGUGACUGUCCUAGUGUAUUCUAGGCAGGAGUGGCACCCACACCGCCAGACUGACAUGUGUGUAUGGGAUGUUUCUGUUCAGUGCUGUGUUCGGCCCCAAGAAAUAAUAAAGAUGGUCUUUUGCAACGGAAACUGGCAUUGAGUGUGGUUUC